AUGGUUUCAAAUAUAUGGAUAGCAGCAGCAGAUAAUAAUCGAUCUCUAGUAGAAGAGUAUAUAAAUUCAGGUAAUUUCACACCUAAUUCAAAAGAUCCAAAUGGGUACACACCAAUGCAUGCAGCUUCAUCGUAUGGUCAUAUUGAACUAUUAAAAUACUUGAUUUUAAAAGGUGGAAAUAUAAAUAUACAAGAUAAUGAAGGAGAUUCACCAUUACAUUACGUAGAAGAUUUAAAAGUUGCCAAAUAUUUAGUCAAUGAUUUAAAUGCAGAUUAUAGAAUUAAAAAUAAUGAUGGGUUAAAUGCACAACAAUAUAUAGAAGAAAAUGAUGAAUUUUUGGAUAUUAGUUAUUAUUUAAAAACAUUAAGUCAUGAGAAUAUAGAUGUAAAAGAAGGGCAGAAUAAUGAUUUAUUGUCUAGUUUGCCUAGACCUGGGAAGUUGGACGGUCAUGAAAUUAAAUAUAGUUUAGAGAAUGAGAAUGAUUUACAAGGGGAUGAACAAUUGACAAAGGAAGAAUUAGAAGAGAGAAGAAAGAAAAUUGAAUCUAUUUUGAGUAGUGAUGAUCCUGAACAAGGUCUUAGGGAAUUGGUCCAAAAUGCUGUUCAUGAAGGGAUUACUAAAUAUAAAGAAGAUCAAGUAGAUACCGAUCAAAAAUCAUCAAAAAGAAGGAAAGAAUAG